CCAAACGCUAUCAAUCUAUAUAUUGACUUUAAUUAAUUUUUUUACUCAACUAGAUAGUCAGGUACAAGUUUAAGUUGGAUUACCGAAUCCCCCUUGUAUGCAUUCAAAUAUGCAUGCACUGAUGCACAACUGCCAUAUAUAGCUACAGCUAAGCUAACAGAAAAUCAUCGACAGCAACACAGCAAGAAAAGAGAAGAUGGAAAUGAAGUCUUGGGCAUGCUUUUGUGUUUCUGUUGUAGUGCUACUGUUUGUCAAUAGUAUUAAUAAUGUUGUGGCGCAGGACACAUCAUGCCUAAACGAGCUUGCUCCUUGCCUAAACUACCUUAAUGGAACCCGACACCCACCAGACGAUUGUUGCAAUCCUCUGAAGUCGGUGAUCAAGUCGAAGCCAAAAUGCUUGUGUAGUAUGAUAAGCAACCGGGGCACCACUAAAGCCGAGCAAGCCGGCAUCAAUAUCACCGAGGCUCAGCAAUUGCCGGCAAGAUGCGGUCAACACGUCAACCCCAUCUCUUGCCUUUCAAUUAAAAGUAAGCCGGCCUCCCUCUCCCUAAAGUCCAACAAGUCAGUUCCGAAUUCUGCAAAUAUCUAUUCAUUGCCUUCUCGUGCAAGUAUGGUGGCCACAGCGUUGUUUCUUCAGAUUAUAUAAUAUUGAUUAGCAUCAAAUAGUACGUACACAUGAACAGUUAGGGAAACUGCUUGGAUGCAGCCUAGCUAAGACAGUGCUGUAGGCAUGCAUAUGCUCUACUUAAUCUUGUUCUUAUGAUAUAUGUUAUUUACUGGGUGGUUUUCUUUUUUAAACUCGAUCGGAUAUUACACGUACAUUUAAUGUAUUCAUGAUCGAGUACGUAGCUGUGAUGAUGCUGAACAAUUAACAAAAAUCAA